AUAAGAACGAGGAAUUUGGAAUUCUCUCAAUUAUCUGAUAGUUUAUGCAAUCAUAUGCAGUAUUUUUUAUUAUCGUGAUUGCUUAUAUGAAUUUUUUAAAUUAACUGCUGACAAUGACAACAAAACGCAAUUUUAAAGAAAACAACUUUGAAGAAAUCUCGAAAUGCCAUCCAGAGAUGAUACUUGUCUCAGAAUCACCUGUCACUUGGCAAGGCUUCCUGCUUGUCUCAAAAUUGUUAUACCCUGUUGGGUAUACUCGAUGUCCCAGAGUAAAAGUGAAACUAGUUAUGCCUAAUUAUCCAUCAUUUGAUGAAGCGCAAAUCAGCUUCGGCAAGCAUAUUGCUUUCCUUCGGAACGAAAAAUUCAGCAGAGAAGUGAAGAACUCGAUAAAGUCUCAAAAAACUGUAUUAUCAUUCUUGUCGCAACUGCAAUUACUUAUUGAUAAAUAUAUACAUAAUACAGAUAACAAAGUUUAUAUACCGUUUGACUUUGAAUCUACAAAAGACUUUUUAGAUGAUAUCAAAGCAGCUCUUCAGAAUCAGUCUGAUGUGCAAUUGUCAUGCGAUCGAAAUCUGAAUACUAUUAAAUUAUUCUUAAGAGAAAUAUUUCUUACAUUGCAAAGAUCUAAAAAUAUUGAUAUUCCCUGGAAUGUAAUAUCUUCUAAUAUGCCUGAAAAUUUCAAGAAGGUUGUAGUAUUGAGUAAAAAUUUGAACGCUGUGGUGACAAAGUUCAAAUGGCAAGUGGAAUUAUUGGAAAAAGCAUGGGAACAAUUAAAAGAAAUUGAUGAAAAUUGUUGGGUAAUUGAUCCACCGAAACCAAACAAGUGUCACUUACACAGACGCAUUCAUUUGUCACAAUCUAUAUGUGUGACAAUUACAAUAGAUCCUAAUGCUCCUACUGUUGUGCCAACAAUUCAGUUCUCAGGUAGUGAUAACGAGGUGAAGAGACAAAUGGAAGAUACUUCUAGUAAUAUUCAUAACUGGGAUCCAGAUUGUAAUAUUUUAGAUAAUCUGAGAAUGUUAUUAAAUAUAUAUAUAUUUCCCGAGCAGCAGGACAGCUUGGAUGAGUCGCAAGGUGUUAUUAGUAAUCGUCAAUGUGGUAUAUGCUUCUUUGAAUUAUCGGAAACUGAUGAAUUGCCAAAUAAGAUAUGCAAUAACCAAAAGUGCAUGAAACAUUUUCAUUCAACAUGUUUAUCAAUGUGGUUACAAACAAAUGCAGCGAAUCAAGUUGUAUUUGAGCAUAUCUAUGGCAGUUGUCCACAUUGCAAGGAAGACAUUUCCUGUCCCAUUGAAUGUUGAAGAUAAAUAUUAUUAACUUACUGUUUAAAAUAUUCAGAGGCACCUGCGCUAUCGACCUAAAUCCCACA